AUGCAGCCAUCUAAAGCGGCCCUGCAUCAAAGUGAGGUUACACCUCAACGGGAUAUGUUGAAGGCCUGCAUUGGCUUCAUUACACAGGGGGCACUUGUCCUCACUUCCAAACCACUGGGUGAGAUUUCAGGGACUAGGGAGGGUAUCAUACACAGCUCAUAUGAGGAAGAUGAGCUGGGACUGUGGAGUUCGCCAAAUAUCUGCCCAGGUGUGUUUGGCAGUCAGUUUGUGUCGGUGAUGGAGGGAGAUUCUGUCACUUUAUCUGUCAAUGUCACUGAAUCACAGAUUAAAGAGGGAAUCUACUGGAAGUUUGGACCUAAUAAAACUUCUAUAGCUAAUAUCAAGAACUAUAAAACUACUAUAUAUAACGAUACUAGACUUGAUGGAAGAUUCAAAAACAGACUUCAUCUAAACAAUCAGACUGGAUCUCUCACCAUCAAAAACACCAGCAUCACACACACUGGACUUUAUCAUUUAACCACCAAGAAACAAGAUGAACCUCUCAACAUAUUUAACAUCACUGUCUAUGCUCAUCUGCCCGGUCCUGUCAUCACCAGAGACUCUUCACAAUGUUCAUCAUCAUUAAGCUCAAAUUGUUCAUUAUUGUGUUCAGUGUUUAAUGUGAAAGAUGUGAGUCUGUCCUGGUACAAAGUAAACAGUUUAUUGUCCAGCAUCAGUGUGUCUGAUCUCAACAUCAGACUCUCUCUUCAUCUGGAGGUUGAAUAUCAGGAUAACAACACUUACAGCUGUGUGGUGAACAAUCCCAUCACAAACCAAACUCAACAUCUCAACAUCACUCAACUCUGUCAGACGUGUUCAGCCGUAAACUUCUGCUAUUGUGGUUUUACUGAAGCUGUGAUUCGAUUGGUCGUCUCUGUUCUGGUGGGCGUGGCUGCUGUUGCUCUUCUGGUUUAUGACAUCACAUCCAGAAAAGAUGAAGAGAAGAGAAUAAGAUCAAAGAUACAAAUAAAAGACUGAGGGGUGGUUUCCCCGACAGGGAUUAGUUUAAGCCAGGACUAGGCUUAGUUUAAUUAGAAAAUAUAACUAGUUUUAACAAACAUGCAUUACUAAAAACAUAACUUUUUGAGGCUAAAUAAAGGGCACUGAUGUAUUUUAAGAUAUGUCAGUGCAAGUUGUUUUCAGUUUGGACAGCUCUUACAUUUAUUUUAGUCUGGGACCGUCCCUGAGAAUUCAUGUAGAAAAUUUGGGUCUGC